AUGCGAAUCCCGCACAAACUUCAAGCAUCAAAGAAGAAGAGUUCCUGGAAGAAGAAAAGAGCGAAGGCCACGGCUCCACAAGUUGAUGUUGAAAUCGUGCAAGCAGGAGAAGCUGAAGAGGAGCCCGCGGCCCCACAACGUCACGUUGCUGUUGCAGUGGUUUCACUGUCGGCCUUGUUUACAUUGACAUCCAUCUAUGUGGCGCAAUUCUGGCGAGCAUCUCCCGAUGAUAGUUUGGGUCUGGUGUUCUCCGGGCCACAGCAAAACACCAGCGCGAAUUUGCUUGACAAACUGAGCUUAACUUAUGGCGGAGUUGCAGCAACGGCCAUGGGUGCGCCAUCUGGUGCGAUCCUCGAAAGCACUCGGUAUGACGGGUUGCUGCAAGUCCAAGACUCUCAGCAGCCAGUGCCAGAGACUGCAAUCCCACGGGUGACCAGCCAAGCGAGGAUCUCUCCAAGUGCAGCUGGGACGCAAACUAGGCUGAGACUUGCACACACGUCUUCGAGGCAGCCCGGAAAUUUCCGGCAACCACGAGUACUUUGGUUACAUCUGCACGGUUACGGAGGAACUACUAUUUGUGAUAUGGCUAGAUCGCAAGGUGAGAAGAUCCCACGUGCGCAGGACAAUUGCAAUGUCAUGCCAGACCUCUGUUCUACACCCAAAAUCUUCCGCACUCCAUGCUCGAAACGAGCAUCCAGCUUGCAGUACACGUUCACUGCAAUAGAGCGUGCUGUGGAUGAGGAUGACCUGUCCUGUUCCGGCGGUGCUGCAAGCAGCCCCGGUCCAACGAUGCUGUAUGGGGCUAUGCUGCGGGAUCCGCUAUCUGGAAUUAAGUCAACUUGGAUCGGGAACGAACUGGAGAAGGAUCUUAUUCUCUCCGCCAUAAAGACGAAGACGCGGCCACGAAAUUUCCAGUAUCAUUUCUGCCUGCCUCCUUCCGACACGUAUCAGCACUUCGAUAACUUUGCCGUUCGCACUUUGAGCGGGGAUUACGAUGUGGCUCCUGGUGAAGUGACAAGCCGACACUUGGAAAGGGCCAAGGAGGUGCUUUCCAGGUUAGAUGUCCUAUUAAUCCUGGAGCAUCUUGUGGACCACCUGCCUCAGCUACACGCCGUCUUUGGUUGGGACCUUGUGGAUAAUCCCUGGAGGUCCCACAGACACCGCAUACCCAAGAAUGCCAUGAGUCCUGAGGAAGAGAUCUUUUUGAAGAAAGUCAAUGCCUGGGAUUAUGAGCUUUAUGAGUUUGGCAAAGAACUGGCCCUUGAGCGGACCGCACAAGCCAAGCUUCGCCUUCUCCCGUCCUAG